AUGAUGUUAUCUGAAGGAAACCGAAGUAUCAUACCCACUUUUGUUCUCCUGGGUUUUUCAGAAUAUCCAGAACUCCAGGUUCCACUCUUCCUGGCUUUCCUGUUUGUCUACACAGUUACUGCAGUGGGAAAUGUGGGCAUGAUAAUCAUCAUCAAGGUCAAUCCUAAACUCCACACCACCAUGUACUUUUUCCUUAGUCACUUGUCCUUUGUAGAUUUCUGUUAUUCCACCACAGUUACACCUAAACUUUUGGAGAACUUGAUCCUGGAGGACAGAGCCAUCUCUUUCUCUGGUUGCAUUAUGCAGUUUUGUUUCGCUUGCAUAUUUGGAGUAGCAGAAACUUUCAUGUUAGCAGCAAUGGCCUAUGAUCGUUUUGUGGCAGUCUGCAACCCUCUGCUCUAUACCACCGCUAUGUCUCAGAGACUGUGUGCUCUGCUGGUGGCUGGGUCUUACUCAUGGGGUACAGCGUGUGCCCUGACACUCACAUAUUUUCUUCUUCAGUUAUCCUACUGUGACUCUAGUGUCAUAAAUAAUUUUAUCUGUGACCACUCUGUAAUUGUUUCUGUCUCCUGCUCGGACCCCUCUAUCAGCCAGAUGCUGUGUUUCAUUAUUGCCAUAUUCAAUGAGGUGAGCAGCCUGAUGAUUAUUCUGACAUCCUAUAUUUUCAUUUUUAUCACUGUUAUGAGGAUGCCUUCUGCAAGUGGGCGCCAGAAAACCUUCUCCACCUGUGCCUCCCACCUGACAGCUAUCACCAUCUUCCAUGGAACCAUCCUUUUCCUUUACUGUAGCUCUAGUCCUAAGGCGUCUUGGCUCAUAGUUAAAGUGGCUUGUGUGUUUUACACAGUGGUAAUUCCCAUGCUGAACCCCUUGAUCUACAGUCUUAGGAACAAAGAUGUGAAAGACACAUUAGGAAAAUUAGUUGUCACAAAAUGUCGUUGUCGGUCAAUAUAUUGUUAG